AGGCUUGAGCCACCGCGCCCGGCCAAGCAGUCUGUGUGUGUUUCAUAGUGAAGAGAAUCUCAGGGUCUACAUUCUCAAUUCUCCCAGGGGGGAUACGUAGGUAAUUCUGGAUGCCAUGGGAGUUAGUUAAUGCAUUGCAUACAAUGGAGGUCUUAGAGGACAUUAAGGCUUAAUUUUUUUUGGAUCCGCAGUUGGGAAGAGCUGGUAGCAGGAAACUGAUACAAAGUCUGGCGUUUGCUUUAAAUUACUCCAGGAAAAAACAAAGCAGUGUAGUAAAGAUUAGGAGGUGAGACAGUUCCUCUUUUUGAGGAGGUGACGAGCCCACUUUCUUUUUUCUCUGCCUCUCUGUAGCAUGGGGGAGUGGUGCAGUGUAGGGAUGUGGAGGAAAGAGUGGGUGGCUGGGGAGGGGUGAAGUGUUUUUUCAACUCUCUGUAUAGGCCCUUCCUGCGCUCUCGUCUGCUUAACGCUGAUUUACCAAGCGGAGUGCAGAUUGCGUGAUGAGUUUUGAUCAUCCUGAGAAAAAUGGGCCUUGGCCUCCAGACCCAAUAAAUCUUCCCUCCCAUGGAGAAUAGUGCUAAUUCCUGAGGACCUGAAGGGCCUGCAGCCCCUGGGGGAUUAACCAGAAGCAGGCUUGUUUUCCUGCUCAGAACAAAGUGGCUUCCCUGAACACAUCUUCAUUAUGAUUCACACCAACUUGAAGAAGAAGUUCAGCUGUUGUGUCCUGGUCUUUCUUCUGUUUGCAGUCAUCUGUGUGUGGAAGGAAAAGAAGAAAGGGAGUUACUAUGAUUCCUUUAAAUUGCAAACCAAGGAAUUCCAGGUGUUGAAGAGUCUGGGGAAAUUGGCCAUGGGGUCUGAUUCCCAGUCUGUAUCCUCAAGCAGCACCCAGGACCCCCACAGGGGCCGCCAGGCCCUCGGCAGUCUCAGUGACAUAGCCAAGGCCAAACCAGAGGCCUUCUUCCAGGUGUGGAACAAGGACAGCUCUUCCAAAAACCUUAUCCCUAGGCUGCAAAAGAUCUGGAAGAAUUACCUAAGCAUGAACAAGUACAAAGUGUCCUACAAGGGGCCAGGACCAGGCAUCAAGUUCAGUGCAGAGGCCCUGCGCUGCCACCUCCGGGACCACGUGAAUGUAUCCAUGGUAGAGGCCACAGAUUUUCCCUUCAAUACCUCUGAAUGGGAGGGUUAUCUGCCCAAGGACAGUAUUAGGACCAAGGCUGGGCCUUGGGGCAGGUGUGCUGUUGUGUCGUCAGCGGGAUCUCUGAAGUCCUCCCAACUAGGCAGAGAAAUCGAUGAUCAUGAUGCAGUCCUGAGGUUUAAUGGAGCACCCACAGCCAACUUCCAGCAAGAUGUGGGCACAAAAACUACCAUUCGCCUGAUGAACUCUCAGUUGGUUACCACAGAGAAGCGCUUCCUCAAAGACGGUUUGUACAAUGAAGGAAUCCUAAUUGUAUGGGACCCAUCUAUAUACCAUUCAGACAUCGCAAAGUGGUACCAGAAUCCGGAUUAUAAUUUCUUUAAUAACUACAAGAGUUAUCGUAAGCUGCACCCCAAUCAGCCCUUUUACAUCCUCAAGCCCCAGAUGCCUUGGGAGCUGUGGGACAUUCUUCAAGAAAUCUCCCCAGAAGAGAUUCAGCCAAACCCCCCAUCCUCUGGGAUGCUUGGUAUCAUCAUCAUGAUGACCCUGUGUGACCAGGUGGAUAUUUAUGAGUUCCUCCCAUCCAAGCGCAAGACCGACGUGUGCUACUACUACCAGAAGUUCUUCGAUAGUGCCUGCACGAUGGGCGCCUACCACCCACUGCUCUAUGAGAAGAAUUUGGUGAAGCAUCUCAACCAGGGCACAGAUGAAGACAUCUACCUGCUUGGAAAAGCCACCCUGCCUGGCUUCCGGACCAUUCACUGCUAAGCACAGGCUCUCCACUCUUCUCCAUCAGGCAUUCAAUGGAUGGUCUCGUGGCCACCCCAGCCUGGGAAGAACAUUUUCCUGAGCAAUUCCAGCCUGUUCCUUUUACUCUAGGGGCCUCUGUCAGCAAGAGCGCUGGGGCUUCAGGAGCCUGUGGUCAAGAAAUCAGGUCCAGCCUUCUCUGUAGCCAGGCAGUUUAUGAGCCCAGAGCUUCCCACCACACACACGUGCACGUCUAGCAUUCUUUCCAGACAGCAUCCUCCCCACCUUCCACCGUGGUAGAUGCAAGAUCUGCCUCCCCCAUCAGGGCUGCCAAAGCUGGGCUUUGUUCUUCCCAACAGAACGAUGCCAUUCUCACAAACCAAAGCUCUAUAUUGCUCGAAGUCUGCAUCUAAAUAUUGAUUUCAUGUUUUAAAGAAAUUCUCCCAAAUUGCAAUUGUGCCCAAUGGAGGGUGGCUCUGGGGGGCAAGUAGGUGGUACAGGGCAUUGGAAACAUGCUCCGCACAUCCAGAAAAAGGUUGCUCCCGAGGUCCAUGCCCCUGGAACAUGUUCCUGUCACUCUGGCUGGUUAGGCUGGCCCUUAGCCUGGGUGCUUGUGAGCAAAGGGUCUUGGUUAGCCCACUCUCCCUCUCCAUGUGGAGAUGGAAGGUAGAGAAGGAUACAGUAUGUAUCCUCAGGUGGCUACAGUUCGGUGAGAGAGGCAGACAUCUGAGCAGGCAGAUAGGAUUCAAUGUGCUCAGUGCACUGGGGGUUUGUAGAGAGAUGGGCUUGUUCUCUGUGCACCAAGGAGGGCCACACACUGAAACUGUGUUUGUGGAUCAGACAAGGCUUUAUAGCAUAGCGGGCACUCAGAUGAGACUUAGAGGAAGAGAAGAAACAUCGCAAGCAGAUUAUAUCUGAGCCAUUUGAGUUGCAUUUUUCUUUCUUCCCAUAUUUACUUUCUAAGAUCUACCUGAACUUAGAGACCCAAGAUAUUUUUUUAGGAAACCUCCUACCCAUGUCUGAGGUAGCAAGUGCAGCCUCAUGACACAUACGAGGCAUUGCCGAUCCCCGAAACCUGAUAACUCCAGGCUCUGCCUGGCCUGACCAUAUCCUGUCAGCUGGGUUUGCAUACCACAGUUCCAUUCUUCCUUUUCAAUACCUACCCCCAAAUCUCCUCCUAACCACCAUCUGUUUUUUGUUUUGUUUUUUUUCCUUUUCAAGAAGUCAUCUUCCCUUCCCAAAUUACUUUGAAGCCUUUUUUGCUUUAAAAGCAUCCUGAACCCCGAUUUCUUUGAGCUCAUGGGCAUUUUGCUGAAGGUCUCUCAAGGAGUAGUGGUGUGGCUCUCUGGACUUACAUCACUCUCAGAGGUCAGAACCUUGGAGAUCAGAACUGAUUCUCACCAGGUGUGAGAGGUGUGGUAGCAGAUUGCAAGGCCCUGCGCCUCUUCCUUGCAAGUGAGCAACAUCAGGCUCUCUGAGCAGAGGCUGGCCCUCUGUGGUUCGCAAACACGCUCUCCAGAUGGUUUUACUAAGUCCCCUCUCCCUGAUAGGGAAUCCUGCUGGACCAGCGCGGCCCUGGUGUGGAGAAGUUAAAAGACUUGCACAAGAUCACCAAGUCAUGCUGUAGAGCCAGGGUUCCUAGACUCAGGGCUCUGCACUCUCAAGGCUGGCCCCAUGUGCUCAAGGGGAUCUAACGUUUGGGCUCUAAACCAACCAUCUCGGAGCUGGGAUCCUCAUUUACUGCCAAACCCUCAGCUUAUGCAGCUAGAAAGGGCCAUGGAGUGACAAGGCCUGGAGUUUCAAACUGAUGCUCCCCUAUGACUAGCUGUGCCACUGUGGGCAAAUGCUCUCCCUUGAGCCUCUGUUUCCACACCUGUAAAGUGGGGAUGACGAUCCUGUCUCACAGUGCUGUUGUGAGGAUUACAGGAAAGCCCCUGUCCUGGCUCUGUACCUGGCACACAGUAGGUGCUCAGUUCAUGCUGGUUUCCUUCCUGCCUUCAGUAGGGACCUGCUCUGUGCUCACACCCCGGCUGCAUGCACCCUGCUGUGACGGAGGCUAGUGGGGAAGAGGUCCUGUUCUCAGGGAAUUAACUGUCUUAUUGGGAGACAACAAUUGCCCUCCUUGGAAUACCCAAGAAACCCUGCAAAGCAGAGGACAACACGGAACACGCCCUGCUCCUCACUGCCUGCAGCUCCAGUCUGAUCCUGCUUGGGAAUGAGCAGAGCACGUGGGCUGCUUAACUGCUGUAUAGGACAAGCCCUUUACCCCUCUCUGGGCCCAUGAAUUCCUGGCUUGGUUUAUGUUCUGAUUUGACACGCUCAUUUUAAUCUUCGAAUCAUGACCACUGAGCGCAUUCUGACAGCAGGACAUACAUGUUGGUGUGGAGACUGGGACGACACUGGGUAGAAUCUAGUUUUUAAUUAUUAUUAAUAUAAAGGAUCAAAUUAAUUUAAAUGUGAUUCUGAAGUCUACAGAACUUUUAGUUCUGUGCUGUCUAUAUGUGGACACUUUGGUAAAAUGCAAAUUAUGAUAUGGAUGUUACCGUUGGUCUGGUGAGAUGUUUCAUAUUUAUGACAGUUAAUUUAGAAAUUAUGACUUAAUGCUGCCUCUCUCUAUGGGGUUCUGUCUUCUUUGAUAGCCAUGUAUUCAUCUGGAUCACGGGGCCCUCUCUAAUCCUUCCACCAAUCAAAUAAGCUAUUGCUAUUGGUUUGGAGUUGAGACAUCAGUCUCAGAAACUUCUGAAAAAUGCCUAAGCUAAUUCUAAAUUACCCAAGGAUUAUGUCAAAUUUUAAAAUAAAUGUGUGUGUGUGUUUUUAA